AUGUCUGAUUUGUCAAGAAGUGAACAAAAAGUGCGCGUGCUCCCUUGUGGCGCCUGCGCAGAACAGGCGGCGCCGCGGCCGUGUGUCAGCGCGACAGUUGCGUGGGAGUCGCUAGCGCUGGGGCGGCUGGCGGCGGGGGUGCGGGCAGGGCCUGGCGCUAGUGGAACGGGAGGUCCGCGGGAGGGCGAGAUGGGUGCCACCCUCGGCUGCCUGGGAGCCAGGAUCGGCGCUCCGCUGAGGGUCGCGUUGCCGACCGGCUACUGUUUGUGCACAGCGUGGCCCAGGCAGGAUUUGGCGGACGGGUACCUGCAGGUUGAUCUGAGCUGCAGAACCGCCGGUGUGACUGCGAGGGAUUUGCGGGGCCUCACGCUGAGUGUCGGCCAGCUGAAGCUUCUGCCUUCUCGCCAGUUAAAAAAGGCAGCUGUGAGAGUGGUCGUUAAGAACUCUGCACUGAAAAAGUCGACUCCCAGAGCAGUGUUGCAGGAGCUGAUUAGAGAACUGCUAAGAAAUGUUUAUGUUUCAUGUAAUUAUGUUGUUACUGUUGCCGCAAAUCUCAACAGUCCCGUGGUGUAUAUUGAAAUGCUGUCUGUAGACAUUUUGAUGGAUGAAGCUGGACUGAUAGCCCCCCAAACAAGCAUAAAAAUUACGGAGGUGGUCACUUCUGAAUGGUACAGACAUUCAUCAGGAGACCCUGCAAAAACUUCAAUUGCAGGGCUAGAUGACGUGGGAAGAUCUUUGAAAGAAAUGAUUGAUCUGCCUUUCCGCUUCCCGAAAACUUUUAAGAAGCUUGGGCUUUCUGUCCCUAAUGGGGUGCUAUUAAUAGGCCCUUUUUUUUGGAAAACUCUUACGGUAAAAGCAGUAGCAAAAGAAGCGGGUGCAUAUCUGGUUUGCAUCAGUGGCGCAGCCCUGUAUGGCUCAAGACCAGGAGAAAGUGAAGAAAAUUUACAAAGAGUCUUUGAAAAGGCCAGAGAAAUGUCACAUGAAGGCCCAACCAUUCUCUUUAUUGAUGAAGUUGACUCUUUGGGCCCAAAGCGAGGAAGCUCAAACAAUGCUCCUGAAGAUCGUAUUGUUGCUCAGUUGCUAACACUACUGGAUGGUGUAGGUAGUGAGGGUAAGAUGGUCAUUGUGGCAGCCACAGACAGGCCUGAUGCCUUAGACCCUGCGCUGAGAAGACCUGGAAGAUUUGACAGAGAG